AUGGCGGCCGUACCUUCUCCAUCUGUCGAGGACACCGCAAACCUCAACAUCCUCUGUCAGACUCUGCCUCCUCCUGGGCGAUUCCCCAUCAGGGAUCUGCCUCUGUCCACGACCAUCGGUCAGCUUCGGGCUCGCAUUGCAGAGACCUUCCCCGGCAACCCUCCUCCCUCGGCUCAACGUCUCAUCUACCAAGGUAGAGGACUCCUUGACGAUAGUGUUACUCUCCGAGCACUUCUGCCAUUUGCCAAUAACACGUCCUAUGCAAUUCACCUGGUGCUCCCUCCGCCUGAGCCAACUCCAGUGGCAGCUGCGGGUGUCUCCAGCACCACACGACCACCUCUAGCACGACCAUUCGGCCCCGGUCAUCAUGGGCUAUUUGGCGAUUCUGCGGCCAAUACCCGCGCAUUUGGCCAAACCCCUCCAGCUGGGUCCGGCAUGUUUGGCACCAACGCCGCUGGCUUUACUUCAAAUCCCCCGGCCAAUCCAAACCCUUUCGGGCAAGCCAACCCUGGUCUGGGGAAUCCGUUUAACAACAGUUUCUUAAAUGGAAGAAACCCAUUUGGCCAAGCCGAAAACUCCAAUACGGGUGCCGACGAUGAUACCCGUCUGCGCCUAGCCAAUUUUCGGGUGCAGAUUGAAGAUGUGGAACGGCAGCUCGAGGUCAAUUUUACACCCUCUAUGAUCCAGCAUAUCAUCAACAUUCGGACGGAACUUCUCGGAAUCCAAGAUAUCCAGUUCGGCAGACGACGUCCGCUACCAGAAGUUGGCGAAUUGAUCGCGCGCAUCAUGAAUACUUACACUCGUGCAUGUCAACUUGAAAGCCUACAAUCUCAUGAGAGACCAGCACACAGCAAUUACAACUUUGGGGAGAACACUAUUUACCUUCUUACCAGGGAACGUAGAAAUUCCCAAUAUUUCUUGGCCCCGAAUGCUCAGGUGUACCAAAAUACUUAUGCGGCGACUGCUGCAGCAUCCGAUGAACCUUUGCCUCCACAACCUCCCCAAAACCAAGCAAUGGCUGAGAAUGUGGUUCGCCAGGCAAUUCCGAAUCAACAGAGACACGGUGUCAAUAUCGAACAAGCGGGCUUGGCCCACCACAUGAGCCGCAUCUGGCUAUUCGCACGUCUGUGGAUCGUCUGCUACUUGACCAGUGAUCCUGGUAGCUGGAGGCGCUACAUCAUGGUCGCCAUUUCUGUGUUGGCCACCUUCCUGUCAGGAACGGAGGUCCCUGGGCAAAUCCUACGAGCAGUUCUGACCCCUGCCAUGCGUCACCUAGAGGACUUGGCCCGUGCUGGUGGGCCUGCAGACCCUGCCUCAGCUGCCAAUAACGCCCGUGCUGAGGAAUUCAGCCUACGUGAGCAAUUGCGCCGCCUGGAGCGGUCUAUUCUACUUCUGGUGGCCAGUAUUGUGCCUGGCCUCGGCGAGCGGCAGGUCGAGGCACGCAAUGCGGCCGAGGCUGAGGCCGAGCGUAUGCGCCAGCAGCAGAUGCAGGCUCAGCAGGAGCAAGAAGCUCAAACUACUGAGGCUGAGGCCUCUUCGGUCCCCGCUGCUGAAGAAGAGGCUUCUGCCUCGCAGCCUGAGCAAGCACCCGCCCAGGCUUAG